UCAUCAUCGGAAUAUUGAGUCUGCCAGAUUUACAUUAGCGUCGACUACACUCAAACCGGAAAAAUGUCACCCAAAUUGUACCUUUACCAGGAUUCCGAGUACCUCAAUACCUUCCCACCCUCCGUAGCCUACCACGAACGAAACGCCCUGCACUCAUGCAAUAAGAUACAAUCGUUAGGUGUUAGGUCCAGCUCAAGGAAAGGUUGUAUCGCGGACUCCCGAGGAUGCGGCUCCGCAUCGCAAGUCCCGGACGGAAAACAGUUCUACUUCUCGUUCUCGCGAUCAGGUCCGAAGUCGCUACGGAUACCCUCGUUCACAGCUCUAUGCGAAUCGCCGUUCUUCGAACGCGAAGUUUCCAUGCCGCGGGUUAUUUAUCCUCCCAUCGUGCUUGGUUACCAUCGAUCUCCCACGCCUCCGCACACAAUAAAACCAUUCCAUCGAACUCUUCUCUCCUCGUCUUGUCAGCAAAGCUGUCUUCUUAGGCCAGGAGGUGUCAGCCUCUCGGAGGAAAGUAUGUCGCCAAACGCCGCUGUCGGGAUUCCGAGUCUCCCUCCAACGGCGUCAAAGGGCGCAUGUUGUUCGGGAAAAUCGAAACCCCCCCCCAGUAAGCUAGCCAUCGCCAGCCUUGGCGAUAGUGCAGGCUAUGCCCCUUUCAGGCUGAGGACCCAAGGCUCGGUCAUCUGAAGGGGAUCUGAUUUCUCACUGCCUGUGAUAGGGGAUGACUCGACGACCUGAAGCGCCAGAUUGCUGCGGUAUUAGGAAGCGCCACGACAACUUGCCGGUAGAAAGAUUUACUCUGGGGAUGCCUCAUCUCAAAAAGGCACGGGGCAACGGGGACUAGGCGGGUCUCCCAUCCGCACCGAAGUUGACAGGAACAUAAGUUCCCGACAGUCUUGUGCUCUUCUUACGAGGAAGACGAGCCAGUCUCGUCAGAUAUCUGAACAGAUACUUGAUCCCCUCAAUACCUCA